AUGCUAGGUUAUGCUAAGUUCAUGAAGGAUUUGGUCACAAAGAACAGGACGGUUCCUUUUGAGCCAACUGAUAAUUUACAUUACUGUAGUGACAUUGCUACAAGGUCAUUAGUGGAAAAGAAGGAAGAUCCGAGUGUAUUCACCAUACCUUGCACCAUUGGUGCUUUCGAUUUUGUAAGGGCUCUAUGUGAUUUGGGAGCUAGGAUCAAUUUAAUGUCUUUAGCCAUCUACAGACAGUUGGGCUUAAGAGCUCCCAAACUGACUUCUAUGCGGCUGCUGAUGGUGGAUAGAUCUGUGAAGUGUCUAGUUGGAAUUUUGUGUGAUGUGUUGGUGCGAGUGGGCGGGUUCAUUUUCCCUACUGAUUUUGUCAUACUAGAUUGCUAG